CGGCCUUGUCCGCGGGCAUGCGAGGAGAAAGUUCAGCAGGACGUCACGUGCAAGGUCGCCUGUCGACGUCGAAUUCAUGGCAGAUAUGCAGAGGAGAUUGCCUCUGCUACUGAUCGUUGUGGUCGUCUUCCUCUUUGUCGUCUUCCUCCACGUGUGUUUGUCGUGCCAGCCGUGGAAGCAACGUCAAAAGCGCAGGGCGUCGACGAAAGGCGUUGUGCUUCAAGAGGAAUGUCCCAUGGCGGGCAUGAAGGCACGCGCUGUUCUGCCUGCAGCUGAGGGCGGAAGAAGACCUGCGACGACGAAGCCUUCACGACGGUACGAACCAUCCAUGUACAGCCAUUUGCCGUCAUGGGAGACGCCGCUGCCUCCCUCGGACGAGGAGCCGGAGGGGGAGGAACUUCCAACGUUUCCUCUCGCCAGCGGGUCGACGCAGCUGUUGUCGCAGACGGUGCUCGUACGCGGGUCGGCAAGCAACGAACUAGGCGAGUACACGUCACUCCUGCAGCAAGGCUUGGGAAACGACGACGACGGGGGAGUUGAUCUCCGGUUCGGCUUGAGUUCUAGCGGUGCCAGGGAGGUGAGCCGCACGGUGAUCACCGUCGUCCAUGCUUCCGCACGUGGCCUGCAGCAUCCUCGAAGGGAGCAGACGGAACGUUCCACAGUACGUGGCAGCACGUCCGUCGCUGGCGGUGUCGGGUCUUCGCCAGCAGCCCGGCAACAUGUAUCGAGUGCGGCGUUCGGGGAACGAUUGACGGAUAACUGGGACGUGCGCACUGUUGCCGCAGAAGCGUCCCUUCGCACCAGCGGUGCACACUCGUCAAUGCUGAACCAGACAACGCUCGCGCCACCCGAAGGGAGGGACGAGGGCGCGUGCAGACCACCGGCGGGUUCAGGAGCCAGUGUGGAGAACAUCACUCGAGGCGUGUCAAACAUGCGGGCACACAGCGAUGGCGGCGACGGCGAUGGCUGUGGCGGUGACGAUGCCGACGAAGGAUUCAGGGAGGAAGUCGACACGGGGGACGACGAUGACGACAAUGCUGUUCGGCCUGUGGGGAAGACGGGUGGGAGGGGUAUAGGACGCAGCAACCGUGGUGGCCGUGGUCGAUCCGUUGGCCGUGGCGGCAGAGGUGGCGUCACCGACGACGGAGGGAAGUCUGUGACGUACUGGUCGACGGACGAGCAGAUGCUCCUCGCCAGAGGCAAGCGGGAGCAGGACAUGCACCUCGCCGGGUUGGGCCACAAUUAUGGCCGGAUGCAGACGAAGGAGUGGAAGUGGGUCGACAUUGCGAAGCGCAUGGCGAACGGUGGGAACCCUUAAGACGCAGUCGACUGCAUGAAGAAAUGGGACAAUUUGUUCCAAAACUACAAG